AUGGCUUCCAAUCACGACACGCCGUUCCGCUCGGCGGACAUGAGCAUGGUGCAGCUGUAUGUCUCCAAAGAAAUCGGUCGAGAGGUCGUCACUGCUCUAGGCGAGCUUGGACUCUGCCAGUUCCGGGACCUCAACGAGGAUGUCAGCGCUUUCCAGAGGACCUUUACCCAGGAGAUCCGGCGCCUCGAUAAUGUGGAGAGACAACUGCGGUACUUUUAUUCUCAGAUGGAAAAGGCCGGCAUCCCGCUCCGGAAGCUUGAUCUGGACAGUGAACGGCUGUCGUCCCCCUCCACCUCGGAGAUUGAUGAACUCGCCGAGCGCAGCCAGAAGCUCGAGCAACGAAUCUCGGCGCUCAACGACAGCUACGAAACGCUGAAGAAGCGUGAAGGCGACCUCACCGAGUGGCGCUGGGUCCUGCGCGAGGCCGGAAGCUUCUUCGAUCGUGCCCACGGCAACGUGGACGAGAUUCGGGCCUCCACCGAUAACGACGAUGCACCCCUGCUCUCCGAUGUCGAGCAUCACACAUCGGCGCCGGAUGUCGAGCGAUCCUUCUCCGGCAUGAACAUCGGCUUCGUUGCCGGUGUCAUCGCAAGAGACCGCGUUGCCGCCUUUGAGCGCAUCCUCUGGCGCACGCUCCGUGGCAACUUGUACAUGAACCAGUCGGAGAUUCCCGAGCCCCUCAUCGACCCGACCAACAACGAGGCCGUCAACAAGAAUGUCUUCGUCAUCUUUGCCCACGGCAAGGAGAUCAUUGCCAAGAUUCGCAAGAUCUCCGAGUCGAUGAGUGCCGAAGUGUACAACGUCGACGAGAACAGCGACCUCAGGCGCGACCAGAUCCACGAGGUCAACAACCGGCUCGAAGAUGUGCAGAAUGUCCUGCGCAACACCCAGGCCACGCUCGAGGCCGAGCUGAACCAGAUCUCGCAGUCCGUCUCGGCUUGGAUGGUCCUCAUCGCCAAGGAAAAGGCCGUCUUCAGCGCGCUCAACCUGUUCUCCUACGACCGCGCGCGUCGAACCCUCAUUGCCGAGGCCUGGUGUCCGACCAACGACAUGCCCCUCAUCCGGUCGACCCUUCAGGACGUCACCAACCGAGCCGGGCUCUCCGUCCCUUCCAUCAUCAACGAGAUCCGCACCAACAAGAAGCCCCCGACCUAUCUCAAGACCAACAAGUUCACCGAGGGUUUCCAGACCAUCGUCAACGCGUACGGCACCGCCACCUAUCAGGAGGUGAACCCGGCCAUGCCGGUCAUCGUCACCUUCCCCUUCCUCUUCGCCGUCAUGUUUGGCGACUUCGGUCACGCCGUCAUCAUGCUCUCGGCGGCGCUUGCCAUGAUCUAUUGGGAGAAGUCGUUGAAGAAGGUGAGCUUCGAGCUCUUCGCCAUGAUCUUCUACGGCCGGUACAUUGCCUUGGUCAUGGCCGUCUUCUCCCUCUUCACCGGUCUCGUCUACAACGACGCCUUCUCCAAAUCCAUGACCCUCUUCCCCAGCGCCUGGGAAUACCACAAGCCGAGCAACUGGAGGGACAAGAUGUCGGUCGAGGCUACCCUCAACACGGACGGCUACCGCUAUCCGUUCGGCAUCGACUGGGCGUGGCACGGGACCGACAACGACCUUCUCUUCAGCAACAGCUACAAGAUGAAGAUGAGCAUCAUCCUCGGCUGGGCCCAUAUGACCUACUCGCUGUGCUUCGCCUACAUCAACGCCCGUCACUUCAAGAAGCCCAUCGACAUCUGGGGGAAUUUCGUGCCGGGCAUGAUCUUUUUUCAGUCCAUCUUUGGAUACCUCGUCAUUUGCAUCAUCUACAAAUGGUCCGUCCAGUGGGUCGACUGGACCGUCUCCCCUCCCCAAACGAACGCUGCCGCUCCCGGUCUCCUCAACAUGCUCAUCUACAUGUUCCUGCAACCGGGAACGUUGGACAUGCGGCUCUAUGGCGGGCAGGAGUACGUGCAGGUUGUGCUGUUGCUGCUGGCCUUUGCGCAGGUUCCCAUCCUCCUGUUUCUGAAGCCCUUCUACCUUCGGUGGGAGCACAACCGCGCCCGCGCCAAGGGGUAUCGUGGCCUGGGAGAAACGUCUCGAGUCAGCGCCUUGGAUCCGGACGACGAGGACACUGGUCUGAUCAACGGCCGCGGCAACAGCUUUGACGAAGAUGGGGAGGGCGUCGCCAUGAUCUCGCAAAACAUUGACGAAGACGAGCACGGAGAGUUUGACUUUAGCGAGGUCAUGAUCCACCAGGUCAUUCACACAAUCGAGUUUUGUCUGAAUUGCGUUUCGCAUACUGCUUCCUACCUACGACUCUGGGCUCUCUCGCUUGCCCACCAGCAGCUCAGCGUUGUGCUUUGGGACAUGACCCUUGGCCCAGCUCUCAAGACGCCCGGCGUUGUUGGUGUCAUCAUGAUUGUCGUCUGCUUCUACAUGUGGUUCUUCCUGACCAUCGCCAUUCUGGUAUGCAUGGAAGGCACAAGUGCCAUGUUGCAUUCUCUGCGUUUGGCAUGGGUCGAGUCCUUUUCCAAGUUUGCAGAGUUUGCGGGCUGGCCGUUUGCACCCUUUUCUUUCGACACUCUGUUGGAGGAGUCUGAAGACCUGAAGGAAUACCUGGGAUGA